CCCAAGUGAGUUACGCCAAGGCAAAAUCGAAUCGUCCGCCGUAAGGAUUCAUUGGAACAGUACAAUCCAGUUUACUGGACCGACCAAAUAUAUCAUUAGUGUAACUGACGUUAGUAAUAACUCACAAUUGAAGAGUUAUGUCACAAACGAAGGAUGGUGGAUCGAUCAACUGGCUACAUACGCCGAUCUCUUUGACCUCGAUGCUUACUGGAAUUACUCCAUAGCAGUCACUGCGGAGACAUCGUAUGGAACUCAGGGACCUCUACGAAGUGAAUCCUCUACAAUCAUCGUUCAGACUGCUGAAAGCGUUCCGGGAAGACUCCAGAGUCUGAUCGCCGUAUCUGAGCAAGACGUGACGAAACCGCCAAUGUUGUACGUGAAGUGGCAGGCUCCCAAAGAUAGAGAUCUUAAUGGCAUACUUGUUAGAUACGAAAUAUAUUGUUCAAAUGGAAACCAACAGAUUAACGUUACCGCUUCAACACUGAAUCAUACUAUUCCGAUAUACAUCGACAACAAAUCAAACUUGACCGUUGAGGUUCGCGCCGCAACGAGUGUUGGACAUGGAGAGUCGUUCAGCGUGACGGUCGAAGUUAAACCAGGGGCACCGGAAGAGCCUCCAGAGACCCCGUCAAAUCCUCUGACGAAAAAGGAUCAUGUUACGGUCGCUGAUGACAAACAGAUGAUUGCUGUACAACUGUCAAAGACUUUCCUGUGUAAUAAUAAAACUGGCACACUUGUUCACUGGAGGAUAAUUAUUGCACAGGAAAGUAACGCAACAGGUGAGUGA